AUGGAAGUUUCAUGUCUUCAGAAGUUGGUGAAGACAGCCCCAUCUAAAGCAUUGGUCAUCAGAAUCAAUUUGGUCUGUCUUGCCAUCUUUCUGGUUGUUUAUGCAACCCUUCUUCUGCGACCAUCUUCUUCAGUCUACUUUCAGAAUGCAGCCUCCCUUGUUAGGUGCUCCUUGAGGGAGUGUCAUCACAAGGAAGAAAAAAGCAUAAAGAUGAAAGCAGUGUUGGAGGAACCACAACUGAAGCCUAGGAUGCCAAAGCAGAAUGCGACUAAGAUAGAGGUGCCUAGCUUCUUUGCUGAAAUGGGGAAAGGAAUGAAGAUGGGAAUGGUGAACAUGCAUGAAGAUGAUAUGGGUGAAUGGAGCACCCUUGGAGAAACAGCACAUGUUUAUUUCGAAAGGGUGUCACAGUUUUUCAAUUGGACAGAUUUAUUUCCAGAAUGGAUAGAUGAAGAGGAAGAGAGUGAUGUUCCAUCAUGCCCCGAGAUACCAAUGCCAGAGUUUGCAGCAUAUGAUGACAUGGACGUUAUCAUAGCCAAGUUGCCAUGCAAGUACCCUGAAGAAGGGUGGGGAAGGGAUGUUUUCAGGUUACAAGUUCAUAUGAUUGUGGCCAGUUUGGUAGUGAAGAAGGGGAAGAAGGAUUGGAAUUGGAAUUGGAAGACAAAAGUGGUUUUAUGGAGCAAGUGUAGGCCAAUGCUGGAGCUGUUUAGGUGCAAUGAUUUGGUUAAGCAGGAAAAUGAGUGGUGGUAUUAUGAGGUUGAUGUGAAGAGAUUGGAGCAGAAGGUUUCUUUGCCGGUUGGAUCAUGCAAUUUGGCGCUGCCUCUAUGGGAUGAAGGAAUCGACAAGGUGUACGACACGUCGACCCUGGAAAAGAGCGUUGAAAGCGAAGCUCGAGCGAAACGCGAGGCCUACGCAACGGUUCUCCACUCAUCGGAAGGGUACGUGUGCGGCGCAAUAACGCUGGCGCAGACGCUUCUCCGGACCGGAACCAAACGCGACCUCGUGCUCCUUCUGGACAGCUCCAUCUCCGCCGCCAAGCGCCGCGCCCUCGAGCUCUCCGGUUGGAAGACCCGAGUCAUCACCCGGAUCCGGAAUCCGCGCGCCGAGAACGGCACCUACAAUGAGUACAACUACAGCAAGUUCCGGUUGUGGCAGUUGACGGAGUACGAGAGAGUGAUCUUCAUCGACGCCGACAUCAUCGUCCUCCGCAACCUCGACAUCCUCUUCUACUUCCCCCAGAUGUCCGCCACCGGUAAUGACCAGUCCAUCUUCAACUCCGGCAUCAUGGUUCUCGAACCUUCCAACUGCACCUUCGAUGUUCUCAUGUCGCGUCGCCACGAUGUCGUUUCCUACAACGGGGGCGACCAGGGUUUCCUGAACGAGAUAUUCGUGUGGUGGCACAGGCUUCCCCGCCGCGUGAACUUUCUGAAAAACUUCUGGGCGAACACGACGUUGGAGGCGAGUGUGAAGAACGCAAUGUUCGGCGCUGACCCUCCGAAGCUCUACGCGAUCCACUACCUGGGCCUCAAGCCCUGGCACUGCUACAGGGACUACGACUGCAACUGGGACGUGGAAGAUCAGAGGGUCUACGCCAGCGACGUUGCACAUCGACAGUGGUGGAAGGUCCACGACUCCAUGGACCACCGCCUGCAGAGCCUCUGCCGGUUGACCCGAAAGCGAAGGACCGAACUCAACUGGGAGAGGCGAAAGGCCGGGAAGCUAGGGUUGCCGGAUAUGCAUUGGAAGAUCAAUGUCACCGAUCCCAGAAAACAAGGCUCGCUUUUGAUUGAUUAG